GAAACUCAAACGCAAAUCCGUUCCUUACUAAAACCUGAUCUUUUUACCAGGAAAACGAUCUCGAAUUUAAGGCUUAUCUCUCUUUUUUGGCGGGAUUAAAACAUCUGCAGGUAAACACUAAAAUAUCAGGAACAAGAGAAGUAAAGAAAAGGAGAAAUACCGUUUGGUAAGUAAUGCUACCCAUGAGAUGAGAUGUUUGGCAAGACACAAUCUCCAGUUUAAAGAUUUUGCAGUCUUUCUUCCAGGAAAUAAAGCCCAGGAUAGUAUUCUGUAAGUGAGCCAGAAAGCAGGGAGAGAGCAGGAAAAAUUAUUUUAAAUAAAUUAUAUCAUGGUUAGUUGUCCCUUCUCCAGCUCUUGGUGUUGGUAUUUUGUGUGAUGCAGUGAUUGAUAUCAAAUGUGUCUGUUAUUUACCGUGGAGAUUCAGAAAUAUGUUGGCAUAGGGAUAGGAGAUGGGAGACUAAGGACAUACAUGCUCUUAUCAGAAAUAAUCUUGCAAGAGCUCGUAGUGAUCUCCUACUUACGUAUAGUAGUGUUCCAGACAGUUUCCAGCUGUUAGCUGCUGCUGCUCCACCACACAAAUUUGAGCUUUAAGAAGGAUAAUGAACUCCAGGAGGAAAACCAUUAACUUGUUUUCCCAUGGGAGAAUAGCAGCACUCACACAGCUCCUUAUCUGUUACUUGACAUAUUUUUUAAUGUGUUUUGAAAUUUAUUGAAGUUAAAUUAAAAAAUGAGGUUGAUGUUCCCUUCUAAGCCUGGAUCCUCUCAAGGUUUCUUCCUCAUAUCAGGCUUACUCAACAGAAAUAAAUAGGAACUUUACAUUAAACUUUUUUUUAAAUUUCUCUAUGUUUCUAUACUUCUGUGAAGGUGUUUUCAGGAAAUGUUCAUUGUUAGAUCAUCUGUCCUGUUAAUCCAAUUUAAUCCUCAUUUUCCAGUCAUAAAAAGUAUUCUUUAACUUUCUUGAUAAAGAUUAAAACUUUUUGGCAUUGUCCAUCAUUCAUGAUAUUGAUAGUUAAUACAGUUUUGCUAAUCGACAAGAACAUGAUUAGAACUGAGCCUUCCAAUUAAAAUGUCUAUCAAAAUCCAAAACAUUUCAGUUUCUGCCAUUUCUAAUUGCAAAUUCUUUCUUAACUCAUCUCCACUCAAAUUCUUUUUCUCCUGUUAUAUUUACUUCCAAUCUUACUUGUAGUCUACUAAAUGCUUUGCCUAAAACAAUUGUUUAAAUGUUGUUUUUCAUUUAAAGAAUCUUGAUGUGAGGAUAAAUCAAAGAGCUCUGUAAAACAUGACAUGAUACGUAAAUGAUUUGAUGAGAGUGCUUCUCUAAUAUAUCAAGAAUAUACAAGAACAUAGAACCGUAGAUGAUUGUAUACUUCACCGAUUUAUUAAAUUAAUAUUAUUAAAGUUAUAUAACAAGAAAGUAGAAGUAUAAGGAGAAUAAAAUGAUGACGAUGGUAAUGGUUGUUGUUGUCUUCAGUACACAGGAAAAAUGAGAGUGUUUCCUUUUCAGCCCAUGACUUCAUGAAGGCUUCAGUAAAGCCCUGUCCUGUCCUGUUUUACAUAAAUUAUAACAUUGCAUUUGAAUUAUUAAUUUAAACAAGUGUGAAAAUUUUUAAUAAUUUAAAGAGCAUGAUUAAUUAUGAUAAAAGAACAGAAAUUCUUCAAUAAGUGUUUGAGUGUGAGUUCAGCACAACUCUAUGAGUAACAUAUUGACUAGAUCUGUUUCUGUCAAACAAAAUAAUAAAUAAAACCCCACAACAUUAAUAUAAUGAAAAGAAAAAUGUAGCCUGAAUUUUGCUGCAAUAUUGUUUAUAAUAAAUUUAUUUUAAAAACAAAAUCACUCCAAAGUACAUGGUAAAAUACAGUCAGUUAAUUACUCAUUAAAUUUUUCUAGGUGAUUAAUCAGACCUUGUAUGGGAAAUUUGGGAAUUUAUAGCUAAUGCCUGAAAAUAUUUAUUUACAUACUGCACAUUAACCCCCUGUGACUAAUAUACUUGACAUUAUUUUACAGUAAAUGCAGAUAUCAGAUAGAUGGUAACAGGUGGAUGUUAAAAACAGGACAGGAAUAGGUUUGGUGUGAUUGUGUAAACUAUGGGAAAGAGGUAGAAUAGUUCUCUGAAGAUAAUUUAGUGACUGUCUGCCAUCUAGUGGCCACAAUCUGUAAUUAUAAUAAAUAAACCUCCAUUAGGGGUGUGCUUAAUGACGUCACGCAGGAGUAAUGAAAGCAAAGUUUUGAAUCGGUUUCCUGAUCUGGAUUCAGCACGUGUUGGCGGGACACAAUCUCCAUUUGUUUGCAGCUUUCCUUCAAGGAACUGAAACCACAGCAGGUAACGUGUAAGUGUGCUGGAAAGCGGGGAGAGAGCAGGAAAAGUGAGAGACUAAAAAAAUGAUGCUAAAGUAAACAGUAACGUACCUCAGUAAGGAGUUUCAGAGAGUCAGCAAAUACCGAAAAUGUUAAUGUACAACGUAAAACUAGGAUUUAAAUUGCUUUUAUAUAUACACUACUCACAAAAAGUUACGAAUAUUUUGCUCAUAUUUAUGGAAAAUAUAAAAAGUUCACACUACAGUGACAUUAUAUCUUGAAAGUAGGGCAUUUAAGUAGAAGCAUGCAGUGGUGAUUUCCUCAUCUCAAACAAUUAAUUGGAACAAUAGCCAACUACAGUGGUGGGUAUACCACAACCUGUGUUGUUCAUGCAGGGGCACAAUGACUGGAUUAAUGAUGUUAUUCAGGUAGGAUUGGCUUGUCACUGUAUCAUUCACAAGAUGUAGGGCAGUUCUGUAUUGAGUAGACACACCUGCCCAGACUUUAACACCACCACAGCAGUGGCUGAUGCAUAGCACUCUCCUUGACGUCUCCAACAUCGUUGGCGGUCAUCAUUUCUGCUCAACGUGAAUCGACUUUCAUCAGAGAACAGCACUGAGGCCCACUGGUCCCUCGUCCAGUGUAAAUGCUCCCUGGCCCAUGCAAGACGAUGAUGCCUGUGCCUGGUGGUGUGGUCAGGUACCCUUGCAGGUCGUCUAGCACUCAGACCACGCUGAUAUAAACGGUUUCGAAUGGUCUGACAUGACACUUGGGUGCCUCUCACCUCCCUUAAAUGUGCCUGGAGUGGAGUGGCAUUCAUCAUCCGGUUCCAUAGGGCACUGGUCACAAUGAAGUGGUCAUCAACGUGGGAUGUGGCCAAAGGACGUCCACUUCGAUGCCUUUCUGUGACUCUUCCAGUCUCGCUGUAUCUCUGUCACAACCUGCUGAUGACACUCUGUGACACUCUAAGCUCAGUGGCCACUUCCCUCUGAGAAGAUCCUGUUUGAAGCCUCGCAAUGGUGAGGUGCUGUUGAUCAAUUGUUAGGUGUCAUGUUGGUCUCAUGAUGUCAAAAUGUGAACAGCAUGAUGAAGAGGACUGUUUAAAUACUAAUUCUAAUUGAACCAGAAAAUUUACUGGUCGAGUCAUGGAUCAAACACCAGUUGUGAAUUGUUAGAGUGACUUUGUUAGAGAACAGCAAGUUAUGCUGCUGUAAGUACUGCAACACUGAACAGUUGGACAUGUGCAUUCAAAAGUGUAGAGAAGGUCAAAUUAAGUUCACCUGUAAAGGUUAUAAUGCAUUUUAGGUGCAUCCUGAAAUUUCACCCGAAAGCCCAAUAUCCUUAACUUUUGAAAUGGAAUGAAUGAAUGAAACAGCCUUUAUUUGUCACAUAUACAUUACAGCACAGUGAAAUUCUUUCUUCGCAUAUCCCAUCCUUGGAGGUUGGGGUCAGAGCGCAGGGUCAGCCAUGAUACGGCGCCCCUGGAGCAGAGAGGGUUAAGGGCCUUGCUCAAGGGCCCAACAGUGGCAACUUGGUGGUGCUGGGGCUUGAACCCCUGAUCUUCCAGUCAACAACCCAGAGCCUUAACCACUUGAGCCACCACUUUCAUGGCUUCCUCCAGCAGUGUCCUGUGUGAAGAUCAGCUCCAGUGUCCCAUCUGUCUGGAUGUGUUCACUGAUCCAGUCUCUACUCCAUGUGGACACAACUUCUGUAUGGUCUGUCUCAAAGAGUUCUGGGACAGCAGUUCGCACUGCCAGUGUCCAGUGUGUAAGGAGGAAUUCCCUAAACGUCCUGAACUACGUGUGAACACGUUCAUCUCUGCACUUGCUGCUCCAUUUAAGAAGUCAGUUCAGGCGAAAUCUAGCAGUACUACAGAAAAAUCCACCCAAUCUCAGGUGUUUUGUGAGGCUUGCUGUGAAAAGAAAUGUAUGGCCUCGUACUGCAAGACUCACCUGGAGCCUCAUGAGAGAGUUUCUUUGUUAAAAAAGCACAAAGUGAUAGAGCCCAUGGAGAACCUGGAGGACUACAUUUGUCAGAAACAUGAGAGACCACUGGAGCUGUUCUGUAGUCAGUUCUGUACUGAGGGAGAGCACAAAACUCAUAACACUGUUCCUCUAGAGGAGGAGAGUGAAGAGAAGAAGAUUCAGUUGGGAAAGACACAAGCAGAAGUUCAGCAGAUGAUCCAGGAGCGACUGAAGAAGGUUGAGGAACUCAAACACUCUAUAAAACUCAAUAAAAAAACAACAGAGAAGGAGAAAUCAGACUUUGUGGAGAUCUUCAGUAAUCUUAUGAGCUGCAUUGAGAGAAGCCAGGCUGAGCUGCUUAAAGUCAUGGAGGAGAAGCAGAAAGCAGCAGAGAGGCGGGCUGAAGAGUUCAUUAAAGAGCUGGAGCAGGAAAUUACUGAGCUAAAGAGGAGAAACACUGAGCUGGAGCAGCUCUCACACACUGAGGAUCACCUCCACCUCCUACAGAUUUACCCGUCACUGUGCAGCCCUCCAGACACCCAGGACUGGACUGAUGUCACAAUUAACACUCACAUGAGUGUGGAAACUCUGAGGAGGUCUCUGUCUCAACUUCAGGAAACUUUCAGAGAGGAAAUGGAGAAGAUUCCUGAGAUCAAACUGAAGAGAAUUCAACAAUAUGCAGUGGAUGUGACUCUGGAUCCUGAUACAGCGAAUCCUUAUCUCAUCCUGUCUGAUGAUGGGAAACAAGUUACAGAUGGAGACACAGAUCAGAAUCUCCCUGAUAAUCCAGAGAGGUUUGAUCGUUGUCCAUGUGUGUUGGGAAAGGAGGGAUUCACCUCAGGGAGAUUUUACUAUGAGGUGCAGGUCAGAGGGAAGACUAAGUGGGAUUUAGGAGUGGUCAGAGAGUCCAUUAACAGGAAAGGGGAGAUUACAUACAGCCCUGAGAAUGGACAGUGGUCUGUGUGGCUGAGGAAUGAGACUGAAUAUGAGGCUCUGGACUCUUCUCCUGUCUUCCUCUCCUUGAAACAGGCUCCUCAGAAGGUGGGGGUGUUUGUGGAUUAUGAGGAGGGUCUGAUCUCUUUCUAUGAUGUUGAUGCAAAGUCUCAAAUCUUCUCUUUCACUGGUCAGACUUUCACUGAGAAACUUUACCCAUUAUUCAGCCCAUGUCUCUAUGAUGGAGGUAAAAAUUCAGCACCACUGAUCAUCUGUCCUGUUAAGCAAAUCUAAAAGUCUAAAAUUUCUUUUAAAAAAAGUUUCAUAAUAAUUAUAAAUUAUAAAUUUGUUUUUUUGUUGCUCUCAUAAUAAUCUUUCAUACUAAAGUAUUUCUUCCAGGAUCCAUCAUUACUUCUAUAACUAAUAUUCAAAUCUCGUACACCAGAAUAUAUUUUCAAUGUGUAAUAUGGAUCAGAUGUGGCAGGCUAAUGUGUAUUAAUCAGUUAAAAUAGAAGAAUUUAAUAUUUAGGUUCUUUUGGUUCCAAAAUAACAUCCACACUGAGUAAACAGUGGAUUCAUUUAACUGGUAUCCAAGUUUGCUUUAGUAAAAAUUGUUUCUGUAUCAAAUAUGUAUUUUUAUAGUACUUUUUCCCCUUUUUUCAGCCUGUGCAGUUAGCUACAUCAUCGUCACACACAAUAUGAAUGCAAAAUUAUGUUUAUUUAUUACAUAAAUCAUACAAAUAAAUAAAUAACAAAUGCAUUUGUAACAUACUGUACAACCUUUACCAUAUAGUUAAUAUUAAUUUAUUAUUAUAAAUCAAGAUUAUUUUGUAUUCUCUGAAUAUUUGCCUGUAAUGUGAAGAAUUUACUUCAAAUAUGUCGAACCUGGGAACAUGCACAUGUAAAACAUACAAAAUUUUAUAAUAAGAAGCAAAGCAUAAUGCAUCUAUGUAAUACAAAAUAUACACAACUAAAAUAUGAACAAAUGUAGAAAGUAAUGAAUAGAAAAUUGGAUAAUGAGUACAAUUAAAUUUAAUAGCAGACAGACACAGUGAGUGCAGACAGGUGUUUACAUCUUAUUCGGUGAAAUGGGUAAAAAAAAAAAAUGUAUUUAACAUGUUGAUUGUAACUGAUGUACCAUGACAACAUUAUAGAAGAUACACUUUAUGUUCUGAUGGAGUCUCUGGUUGGUCUUGAGUCAUGAAGUGACUUCAGUCUGGUCAGCUUUUACAUCAGUGGAAAAUCUCAGAGGAAGAGUCCUCAGUGUGGCACAGUUCAACAGAGAUUGUUCUGAAAGUCUAGUCAUAUCAUCACAUCUGCUUCUGUGCAGAUCAGUUAAUGCACAGAGUGUCCAGAGAUCAUGGACAUUGCCUUUUACCUCACUGUGGACAUUAUGCAAUUUCUUCUGAAGCUUUGUCUUGUAAAGGUGGAGACUUGGCUGAGAUGGGGGCAACAUCAAGUCAGAAUUAUGAGUCGAUUGACUGAUUGAAACACUCUGUCCAAUACACAGAUGUUUGUGAGUUCAAAGACGCUGCGAUGGUCCAACAUGAGCUGUCCCUCUGAUGUACCCAUUCCUAAUCCUGUCCAACUGUGUCACUCCCAAAGUCACUCUCACCACUUUCAGCUCUGCUAUCUCCAGCUCUGCCUCCUGUCUCUUCCUCAGGGGCACUGUCUCUAAACCAUACAGCAUACAGCCAGUCUCACCACUGUCUUUUACAUCUUCCCCUUGAUUCUUGCUGAUAUUUGCCUAUCACACUUUCUCUACCCAUUCCAAACUGCCUGCACUCACUUCUUUACCUCUUUCCCACUCUCUCCAUUAAUUUGGACUGUUGACUGCAAGAACUUAAACUCCUGUACCUUCUUCACCUCUUCAUCUAAUCUUACUGUUCCACUUCCUUCCCUUUCAUUAACACACAUGUACUCAGUCUUAAUAUGACUGACUUUCAUUUCUCUUCUCUCCAGCGCAAACCUCCACCUCCCCAGGUUUUCCUCCACCUUCUCCCUGCUCUCACUACAGAUCACAAUGUCAUCUGCAAACAUCAUUGUCCAAGGAGACUCCUGCCUGACCUCCUCUGACAACUGGUCCAUCACCAUAGCAAACAGGAAGGGGCUCAGGGCCGAUCCCUGAUGCAGUCGCAUCUCCACUUUGAACUCCUCUGUCUGACCUACAGCACACCUCACCACUGUCCUGCUCCUCUCAUACAUGUCCUGUACCACUCUGACAUACUUCUCUGCUACUCCUGACUUCCUCAUACAGUAUCCUUUAGCUACUCCUGACUUCCUCAUACCCUGUCAUACACUGUCUCCAAGUCUACAAACACACUCUCUCUGACCAUCCCUAUAUCAAAAUUCUUACAGCAAAAAUUGCAUCUGUUGUGCUCUUUCUGGGCAUGAAGCCAUACUGCUGCUCACAAAUUUCCACUACCUUCCUUAACCUAGCUUCCACUACUCUUUCCCAUAACUACAUUGGAUGGCUCAUCAACUUUAUCCCCCUAUAGUUGCUGCAACUCUUCACGUCACCUUUAUUCUUUUUCUGUUCCUAUCACCACUCUCUCACCCGUGGGAAUACUCUCUAUCAUGUCAUCUAAUUCACUCCAGAAUCUCUCUUUCUCCUCUAACUCACAACCUACCUGUGGGGCAUAACCACUAACAACAUUCAACAUCACCCUUUCAAUCUGUAACUUCAGACUUAUCACCCUGUCUGACACUCUCAUCACCUCCAGAACAUUCCUCACAAACUAUUCCUUCAGGACCACAACUACUCCAUUUCUUAGACUAUCCACCCCAUAAUAAAAGAGCUUGAAUCCUGCUCCUAUACUACGAGCCUUGCUACCCUUCCACCUGGUCUCCUGUACACACAGUAUAUCCACCUUCCUUCUCUCCAUCAUAUCAGCCAGCUCGCUACCUUUCUUUUCAUAGUACCAACAUUCAGAGUUUCUUUGUCUAUGCACUCUCAUUUAUGUAUGAUUUAUGUAUGAUUUGUACAUCAUCUCAUUUUAUUUCAUUUUGUUUACAUUUUAUUGCACAAGUUCUCUUUCUUUUUUUGGUGCUGUGUUUUUGUGUUGUCUUUUUUGUACUUAUUGUUUUUGCACUGUCUUGUCUUUGCUCCGUUUGCACCUAGCUGCACACUUUGCACUUUAUGUGGCUUGGACAAACUUCGUUCCUAGCUCUGUGUUGUGUUUUUUGUGUUUGAUCUUUAUGUUGUAUGUUUCUGUAGCACCAGGUCCUGGAGAAACAUUGUUUCAUUUCACUAUGUACUGUGUCAGCUAUAUGUGGUUGCAAUGACAAUAAAGCUUCUU